AUGACAGAACAAACUUCAAAGACUCAGAAGUAUCUGUACGGCUGUAUAGCCAUCGGAAUAGUAUUGGUGGUGGGUAAGUUAGUGUUCUAUCAUUGGGAUAGCACAAUAAGCAUUUCGAGCCAAAAUAGCUCAUUAACUAAAACCAACAGCACCUCACCCACACUUGCAUCGUCCAAUAAUACGGCAACUAGUGCUAACUCGACCACCACUAUUGCAGAUAGCACUACCACGCCCACCACUCCAAAGACAACUCAAGAUCCUACUAGCCCAAUAAAGACAACUCAGGGGCCUAUCAAUGGCACGGGCCAAACCCCGCCCACUAUUCCCAUAACUAAAUUAGAUCCUGCUCGCAACCAAAUAUUAACCCAGGCAAAGAAGCUACAGCUUCUUUCCGGCCAGGCUAUCCUGUCAAAGAUGUACCAGCUGAACCAGAACCCUACUACUUCAAAGUGGAUUCUUCUGCUGCCGCAGGAAACGCAAAACUUACAUGGCUCGAAUGACGAUGCUACACCAGAUCCGCUCUUAAUUGUGUUCCCCUUCAGUUGGGAAUGGAAUGACUACAACAAGUGCAAUGAUGAUAUGAAAAACCUCGAAAGAAUUGAUUGUUUUGCUUCAGUGCACAUUACUGGAUUCGAUAUGAAGCAUGGAGAGGUAGCUGCCAACCUUCUAGUCCUUCUAUUACGGCUUAUUAAUGCUCCGAAGAUCACCUUUGAUUGGAAUGAAAGCUCUGCAACAACUCGAUCCAUUCUAGACCAGAAGCUCAAGAAUCUCUUUGAGACUGUUGAAUCAAUGCAUAAGUCUAAGAAGAUCAUUGCUGUGUUUCAGAGUACAGUAACAGAACAAUGGCAGCCGUUCAUAAAGCAGCUGCAAGACCACUUUGAUUAUAACGAAGCCAUUCCCUUGGCUAGCACCAACACACCAUCAAGCAAUUAA